AAGGAUUGAAACCCACAGGCUGAGUCCUCUGCUUAGCUCACAGCCAUAAGUGACCCAGCUGUGACUAGAUGAGGAGUUCAAUCUCUCUUACCCUCUGCCUGCUGAAGGCUGUUUACCGGCUUGACGGAGUCUCCCACAAGCUCCCAGGCUCCUAUCCUAACCGGAAACCUGGAGGGAGCAGGGUCUGGGUUUAGAGAUAGAACUGGAAAGAUUGAUAAGUGGAAAAUGAGGACCCAGCUGGAAAUCAGCCACCUGCCAGCCAGGGAGGCCUGAGAAGAAACUCGCUCCACAACACCUUGAUGUUGGACUUCCGGCCUCUAGGGCUGGGAGGAAGUAGAAAGUAAAUUUCUGUUUUAGAGCACCAGUCUGUGGUCUUGUGCAGAAAUAGCCCUAGCAAAGAAUCAGGGGUCUUCUGACUGGUUUGUGUUUGUUUAGUUUUUUUGUUUUGUUUUGUUGUUUUUGUCCUUUAGAUAGAGUGUAAGGGGGAAGGUCAGACAUAGGAGUGGAAGAAACAAAAGUUUCCAGGGUGUGGAACUCAUACCUGUAGUCCUGGCACGGUGGAAGGGAAGCUGGGUGUCUCAGUCAAGGUUCCUAUUCCUGCACAAACACCAUGGCCAAGAAGCAAGCUGGGGAGGAACGGGUUUACUCCGCUUACACUUCCACAUGGCUGUUCAUCACCAAAGGAAGUCAGGACUGGAACUCAAGCAGGUCAGGAGGCAGGAGCUGAGGCAGAGGUUAUGGAGGGAUGUUACUUACUGGCUUGCGUCCCCUGGCUUGCUCAGCUUGCUCUCUUAUAGAACCCAAGACCAUCAGCCCAGGGAUGGCACCACCCACAAUGGGCUGGGUCCUCCCCCUUUGAUCACUCAUUGAGAAAAUUCCUUACAGCUGGGUCUCAUGGAGGCAUUUCCUCAAGGGAGGCUCCUUUCUCUGUGAUAACUCCAGCUUGUGUCAAGCUGACACAAAACCAGCCAGUACACAAAGUAAAGACAAAAAUGUCUGAGUCUUUGCUCUUGUAAGCCUUAUGCAUGGCUCUCAAAGAGGACAUCACUCCUGCUGAGCUAAAUAUAGAUACAGAUGCCCUUGAGCCAAAAACCACACUUCAGCAUGCUCCUACUUAAGAACACUGUGUAGGGUGUGUGUGUGUGUGUGUGUGUGUGUGUGUGUGUGUGUGUGUGUGUGUGUGGUGGGGAGUUCUUGCUGUGCCACCCUAAGGGCCUGAAUUCAAUCCCCCAGCAUUCAAAUCAAAAGCUCACACAGUCCACUACAGCUCUUCAGGAGGCAGAGGCAGGGGGAUCUCUGGUACUUGCUUAUUUGUCAGUCCAGCCUCAGGUGCAGUAAGAGAUCCUGUCUCUGGGGCGUCAGAUGGAGACAGAUAAAGAAGACAUCUGACGUCCUCCUCUGGCUUCUGUGCCCACAUGGGCAUGCACUUGCAUAAAGGUACACACACACACAUACACACAUACACACACACACACACACACACACACACACACACACACACACACACUGCAUAUAAUAAACUCUAUGAGAGCUUCUGGCCAGCAUUGGUCAAAGAUAGAGAACGAAGGCUUAGGUUUAAAUGUAUAAACCCAUCCCAUCUGUUCUACAUGAAUCUUCAGUCUCUCAGUAUCUCAAAGGGUUCUUUUCUCCUUCGGCCCCAAACUUGCUGUUUCUGUACCUAUUUAUAGAACUUGGAACAUACUGUUACAACCAAGCGGUGGCCGUGGAUUUCAGGCAACUCCAUCCUUGCUUUUAAUAAGAAAACUUCGAGUUUUGUUAGGAAUAGAAUCUUCCCUUGUGCCAUUAGCCCAGUGGGAACAGCAAGGCCCUCAGGACACUGUGGAACGGAGAGUAUCUACAACAUUGACUGGUGCUGGGGGGAGGUGCCUGUGGCCUGCAGGACACAAUUGACAUUAUCCAGACUGAAGCAGGUAGAGUUACCCUCAGUCAGUUCUUUUGACCCAUUCCUAGAAAACGUAUUUCAAAAGGUGCCUCCCACCUUGAGUGGAUCUUCAGGGACAGACCCACAGUUGACACUUUUGGCAUGGCGAUAGCAGCAAUCUGCUGGGUUUUGUUCUCAAGUGGCAUCCGUAAAUGGCAGCUGCCUUGGCGGCUUUCCCCACCACUGUAAUGGAAUAUCCAAUAGAGGAAAUUCAGUGCUGGAGGGCGCGGUCUUCAGGGAAGGUCUGAUGGUGGAAGUGAGGCGGCUGGUCACACAGUGACGACUCGGAGGAGAGAGGUGGGUCCUGGUGUUGAGUUUUUUCACUGUUAUACACUCCAGGACCCCAGCUCAUGGGAUGGUGCUACCUACAUUUAGGGCAGAUUUUUUUUUUCUUUUAACCUUAAUUAUUCUAAUUUAACUCUGUCACAGGCAUGCCCAGAGGUUCAUAGUCUAGGGCAUUUUAGAUCCUGCCAAACUGACAUUCAGGGUCAGUCAUCACAACAAUUGUAGUCAGACCCUUGUGGUGUUGAGUAGGGUCAUUCAGACCCUAGCAGUACAGAAUAGGGUCAUUCAGACCCUUCUAGUGUGGAGUAAGCUCACCCAGACCCUUGUAGUAGAGAAUAGGGUCACCAGACCCUUGUAGUAGAGAAUAGGGUCACCCAGACCCUUGCAGUGUGGAGUAGGAUCCAGGUAGUGAAACACUCGGUGUUUGAGUAUUCUCCUCUCCUGAACCUCUCCUUCGUCCUGUGCUCAGCUAGGCUUUGGCCUUUCCUGUUCAUUUUAGGGAGACUGUGUCCUUGCAGUUGGUGGCCACUUCGCCACUGGCCUGCUGCUAGGAUGUGAUGCUGACCCGAGGUCUAUAAGAAGGUCAGAGGUGGGGAACUGGGCUCGCAAGUGUGUCUGCUCUUUUCCAGCUCUACCGUGCUUACACAUUUUCGUUCUCGAAACGGCCGACUGCUGUGUUGACAAGGUCAGCGGGCUCCUGCUGGACACUGGCCAUGCUCUGCAGGUUGCUCUGCGGUUUGCCUCUGCUGGGUCUCAGACAGUUUGUGAUUCUGAGUUAUCCGUUCUGCAUGGGUUGGAAAUUAGAAGCCUGCCCCCAAGAAGGCUGCCUCAUGGUUAAAUAGCGUCGGUAACAUAUCUGGAGUCACCUAGAGCACAAGUCUCGAUUUGUGACUCAGUUUCCCCCAUCUGGAGAGGCACGGUCCCCAAGGAUAUGUGAGUGAAGUGGUCAGAACCACGGGUGGCUAGCGGCCCUUAAUGAAUGGCAGCUAGAGUUGUUGUCAUUAAUCCGAAGGCUCAUGACAGUCGUUUACAAGAACAUGCGGUCUUGUUAUUAACUUGUGACGUGCCUCUGAUGGGGGACAGUCCAUGAUACCUUUGGCAUUGUCCAUAAAAGGGUUUCUAUAUUGGGUUAACAAAUGGGGCUGACACCCCAUUGGCUGGGACCCUAGACUGACCAAAAGGUAGAAGGUGAGUACCAGCCGCCAUCUCUUUGCCUCCUGGAGAUAGAUACCCGGUGACCAACUGCCUCAUUGUCCUCCCACUAUGACGGACAGUACCCUCACGCUGAGCCCCGAUAGACCGAUAGACCUGUCUUUGGUGACUUUUGUCAUCAUAGCAUUGAGGAUUGUGACUGACACAGUUGGUUAGCUCAGAGGAGAGCUUGAUCAACUCACAGUCAGCCUCCCAGACUUUUUCUGAAGGCGGCUAAGUUGGUGGAGUGCUUGCCUAGCAUGCACAGUCCUUGGUCAAUCCCCUGCACCACACAAACCUAGAGUGCUGGCAUGGGCCUAUAAUCCCAGCACUCAGGAGGCAGGGGCAAGAGGGCUUUACUGAGUCUGAGGCUAGCUUAGGCUAUGUAAUAAGACAGCGCCUGAGGUAACAACCGUUCUGUGGAGACAAGGUUAGAGGCCCCGGUUGUGAUGUGCCUUCUGUAUCCACGCAUUCAUGGGCUCCACAGUUUCUUCUGGUUCUCUUGAAGUCUGUUGAAGUUUCUUCUGGCUCUGGUUAUGUUUGUAGGAAAAGCUAAAAGAGGUUAUAGGGGAGGUGGAAGAAACACCCACCUCCCCAGAAGACCCUACCCAAGAGUUUCUGAGCAUGGGACCCUGGUCUCGGGUCCUCUUAGAAGGGAAUUCACCUGAGGUUUUGCCCUUCUAACCUUAUGUUGCUUCUUGCCCUUCCUCCCAGCUGUUUAGCUCGCCAUCUGUAAUUGGUGCACAGCCAAAAAGCCAUUUUAGCCAGAGCUGAGUGAGGCUCCAGGACCAGGAGACGGACAUGGUGGCACCGUCCUUGCUUGCAGUGGGGUGGGAUGUCCUGGCAAAUUUUGAGGGAACAGGUGACACGUUCCAGAAGGUUUCCUCUAGCAGGUCUGAAGGGGUGUGUGUGUGGGAGGGCCCAGGGUUGUAUGACUGAGGGAGGGGAGGACACUGACUGUGAUAAAGCCCCUCCAUACAGAUAUUAUAUGAUCAAGAGGGGGCUUGGCAUGUGAGGUCUGGCAUCCAGCCAUAGCCAUUGAACUUGGGGUCCUUGUAGGGUGGGUUACAUCAGUUAUACUCAGCUACGAUGAGGGUACAGUAAAGGUCACUCCUGGAACUGUGGGAGACUUCGCCUGCCAUGGUCCCCAGUUUCCCAAGGUGGCAGAAUGCUUUUGAGAGAUGGAUUUGACACUCACCAUUGAGGGGGGACAGACAACAAGAGGAGAGAGGGAUUUUAGCUGAAGAGUCUGACUCUCUGGAUAAGUUAAUGCUGUGCUACAAUGGUUUUAAAUAUUUUGACCUCUAUGCUCAUGAAGAGUAUCUAGUGUUUGCUUCUGUUUCUAAUUUGAUAUCGGAAAAAGCGAUGCAUAGGGGUUGAAAAAAUUAGAGCUUUGUAUUUUACAGGGCCCACAGAGGAUGCUUUAAAUAUUUGAUAGCUUGUAUAAAACAUGCGUCAUAAAAUGCCACACCCACACAGUAGACAGAAUGCUAGCAAAUAAAUACGCCCAGCACAAUUUUUACUGGAUAACAUGAAGGACACCAUAGGGCAGACCUAGGCAGCUUGCUCUUAGGAGCCAAAUAAUGCAAACAUGAAGUUUUUUUUUUUGUUUUGUUUGUUUGUUUUCAAGAAGGUCAAGCAUUUUACAUUGUCAAAUAAACAUGUGGUCACAGUCUUGGACAGGAAAACAGCACCAACUUUUAGAAAAAACACCUACAGUGUGUGUGUGUGUCACACACACACACACACACACACAAAGACUAUCACUAUGUAGCCCUGGCUGGCAUAGAACUCAGAAUGUAGACCAGGCUGGCCUUUACUCACAGAGGUCCACCUAAGAACUACAUAGUGAGACUCUUUCUGGAGCAUUUCCAAUCUCGUGGUAAAUGGAGGUUUCCACCACACAGCUAUAGCGUUCAGGGCUGCUGUUCAGACUUUACUCAGUUACAAUUCCUAGAAGACCCCUCCCCAUGUUGGGCAGGCAGUGCUGGGUUGUACGAGCCAGGCCCUUAAUUAUUCGAAACAAGGGUCUGGUCAUUAAGCUGCAUGCUACCUUGAUUUGGAUCUGUUUCUAAUGUGACAUAUUAGGACAUUCUGCUGUGUAAGUGGACGUUAAUCAGUAGCAGAGAAAAUUAGAGGAUUCACACAAAUUAUUCCUAAACUUUUGGAAAUUUUGAAAAAAGAUUUAAUUAUGAGUAUCUGUGAGUGCCUGCAGAUGCCGCUCCCUCUUCCUUCUUUCUGGCUGUCUCAUCUUGGUGUCUCUGCUCCCUCUCUUGCCCCUUUACCUCCUCUCUUUUGUUUUUCUCCCUUUCUCCUCUUUCCUCUCCUCCCUCUCUCUUUUUCUUUCUCUUUCUCCCUUUCUCUCCCUCUGUUUCUGUCUCUCUGUCUCUCCUUGUCUCCGUCUCUGUCUCUGUCUCCGUCUCUCUCUCUCUCUGUCUCUCUCUCUGUCUCUCUCUCUCUCUGUUUCCCUCUCUUCCCCUCCAUCCCCCUUCCUUUCCUUCUCCUCUUCUCCUCUUACAGUACUGGGGCCUGAAUCCAGGACCUCACAUCACAUAUUCCAGACAAGCACUCUACCACUGGGCCACAUCCCACCCCCUCCAGAUGCCUGGGCCACUUCACAGUUUAAAGGAAUCUUUUCUCCUCAACCACUGCCUUCCAUCUCUCAGGGCAGCUUCCUCCUGCCCCACCUACUAUUCUGGGUGCAGCCUUGGUUUGGAAUAGGAACGGGGUAGGGGGGGAAGUAAAGUGUCCUAAACCAAAAUUAAAAGGUUCCAGCGUUCUUGUAACCAAAAUUCUUCAAGUGCUUGAGUCCUGGUUACCAAGGUGCUCAAUUAUUUAAAGAACAUGGUGAGGUGGAUUAAGUUAAUUAAAGACACAGGAGAAGCUGUUCCCAAGCUGCCUGCCUAUGUGUCACUGCAGAGUGGCUCCUGGAGGCUGUGAGCUGAGGGAAGGGCCCCUCCACCCAGGCCACAGAGGCAGCCUGUGGCCUACACAGAUGGGCCUCCUAGUGGGCAUGGGAUGGCAGGGUCCCCUGCAGAAGGGAAGGGCUUGCUGUGUGGACGAGCCAUCUGUCAGCCACACUGUUCUAGCUCACCUCCUGCCGCGUUAGAGCAGUUGAAGCUUAGCAGUCAAAGACAGAGAGAGACUGAAAAUGGAAAAACCAGAGAGAGAGGCCAGAAAUCUUGUGAUCUUGCCACAUCAUACGGAAGACAACGCUAUGGCCACACGGUGCCCUUGUCAGAUGGGGGCAAGGCCUUCUGCAUCAUCUACUCUGUCAUUGGCAUCCCGUUCACCCUCCUCUUCCUGACGGCCGUGGUCCAGCGUGUCACCGUGCAUGUCACCCGCAGACCGGUCCUCUACUUCCACAUACGCUGGGGCUUCUCCAAGCAGGUGGUGGCCAUCGUCCAUGCCGUUCUGCUGGGAUUCGUCACCGUGUCCUGCUUCUUCUUCAUCCCGGCCGCCGUGUUCUCCGUGCUGGAGGAUGACUGGAACUUCCUCGAAUCUUUUUACUUCUGUUUCAUCUCCCUGAGCACCAUCGGCCUGGGGGACUACGUUCCAGGGGAAGGCUACAACCAGAAGUUCCGGGAGCUGUACAAGAUCGGGAUCACGUGUUACCUGCUCCUGGGACUCAUAGCCAUGCUGGUUGUCCUGGAAACCUUCUGUGAGCUCCACGAGCUGAAGAAAUUCAGGAAAAUGUUCUAUGUGAAGAAAGACAAGGAUGAAGACCAAGUUCACAUCAUGGAGCAUGACCAACUGUCCUUUUCCUCCAUCACUGAGCAGGCGGCCGGCCUGAAGGAGGAGCAGAAGCAAAACGAGCCUUUUGUGGCCUCCCAGUCACCACCCUAUGAGGAUGGCUCUGCAAACCAUUGAGCAUGGGUCACCAGACCCCGGACAUGAGGCAGAGCCUAGACUGUGUUCAUUUUUACGAGAAAGUCAAAGCUAAGAUGAUGUUAUUUUAAGAAAUAUCUACUGUUAACAAUAUUUUAAAAACACGGAACUUUGGAUCCUGGGGGAGUGGGUUUUAAUCUCUGGGCAAAUGAGGUGUGCACCCAUAACUCACAGGCAAUGUGAUCACCUGACAUCAUGCAGCUGUAACUCACAGGCGAUGUCAUCACCUGGCAUCCUGCACCUGUAACUCACAGGUGAUGUCAUCGCCUGGCACCCUGCACCUGUAACUCACAGGUGAUAUUAUCACCUGGCAUCCUGCACCUGUAACUCACAGGUGAUGUCAUCACCUGGCAUCCUGCACUUGUAACUCACAGGUGAUGUCAUCAUCUGGCAUCCUGCACCUGUAACUCACAGGUGAUGUCAUCACCUGGGAUCCCGCACCUGUAACUCACAGGUGAUGUCAUCGCCUGGCACCCUGCACCUGUAACUCACAGGUGAUAUUAUCACCUGGCAUCCUGCACCUGUAACUCACAGGUGAUGUCAUCACCUGGCAUCCUGCACUUGUAACUCACAGGUGAUGUCAUCAUCUGGCAUCCUGCACCUGUAACUCACAGGUGAUGUCAUCACCUGGGAUCCCGCACCUGUAACUCACAGGUGAUGUCAUCGCCUGGCAUCCUGCACCUGUAACUCACAGGUGAUGUCAUCGCCUGGCAUCCUGCACCUGUAACUCACAGGUGAUGUCAUCACCUGGCAUUACACACUGGGGAUGAAUACUUGAAACAGUGUACUGCAGUGGAUGGAGGCAGGUUUUCUUUGUAACUGGGGACUCUGGGUUUGCAUUCCAAUCAUUUUGCCGACAGCUAGGUAGCAACAUUUAUAUUUAAAAACAAAACAAAAAAAUCUAUAGAGAUGUAUUUUAUAAAUAGGCUUAAGUGUCCCGGCUUGCAUGUGCCUAUCCAAAAUGAUUAUUUUUGUAGAAGUCUAAAUUAACUCUAUUUAUAAUGAAUAGGUCACCAUCCACUGUGUACAUAGAACAUAUAAAUAUGUUUAUAUUCUGUGCAUAUGUGUAGGCUACCAGAUAUCCCUGGACUUCUUAAGCCAAGAUAAGAGUUUUUUUUUCCUUUUUGAUUUCUCUUUAUACUAAAGAACCCAGAAUUGCCACAACAAGCUAGGAAGCAUAACAAACUCAAGAGAAAAUCAGGAUGAUUUUCUGUUCCUAUAUACAUUUCUACUCUCUUGCGACGGCGUAGGACCAGACAAGUGAGGAAGAGGGUUGGUGAGAAGGUGAAUCUAUUUGGUAUGGAAGGCAUGCUACCAGGUCUACCCACCUCACAGGCCCGGAGGGCACACCACCGGUUCUACCCACCUCACACUAAAGCACAAUGGCAGUGUCCCUCUCUCCCGAACAAAUUAUGUCAGGUUAAUCUGAGAAUUCUACGUUUAGAAGCUGAAAUCAAUAAAAUCAUGGCAGAUUGCAA